AAUAGUUUCCUGAGCUACAGCUGGUUUCGUGUUUUGUAUUGCAUGGAAAGAGCUGCAGUGUUACCCUGCUGGAAAAGCUGUGCUCGGUGCUGCACAUGGGGCUGCACUUUGGGUUUGGUGAGCAGAACCAGCAGCAGAAACACCGCAGCCGUCGUACCCCGAGUCAGGGAAGGCAGAGAGAUGUGUGAACUCUGCAGCGUUGCUCACAGAGCACAAAGGUCGCACAGAGGUACAGGGAAAAUACCUUCUGGGUGCAUGGAGAGGAUGCCAUCACGUAGGCCUUCAAGCAGGAGUUAAUUGGGGUGCCCAGAUGUGCUGCUGGGGAGGGCUGUGUCUCUCCAGCCUGGGUUGGUCCUAUGAGGAAAGGAAGGCAGCCAGGCUGUACAAACACUCCUCAAAGCCUUCCCUAAUGCUGUUACACGCUGCCGAAAGCGAUCCCACCUGUCAAAACCAGAAUGGAUGGAUGGGGGACCUGCAGGUCCCUCUUAUCUGUGAGUACGUGUGCGUUGGCUCACAUCAAGAGGAAGGCAGCCUGAACUCCCCUAACCCCGCUGCUCCCGGAGGGGAGGCAGCACAGGCAGCAGGGCAGGGUGAGGCGAUCGGGUGAAGGAGGAUCACAGCAAGGGCUGGUCUGCCUCACCUCCGUGCCGCUGUAACCUCACACAGCUUCGCUCUUUGCUUUGACAUUCUUUCCUUUUGCAACCGUACGAAGCUCUGUGUGGUUUGUGUGUUCUGUACUCUGCCACGUGGCAAUCGAAAAGCAGAUGUAGUUGUUAGAUCUGGUAGACGUGGUGGAAAUGUUUGCACUCUGAUUGAAUCACUGUAAGAAAUCGCUGCUGCUUUCUUGUGCGAUGUUGGGAGACUUUUGAGCUGGAGGCUUUAUUUAGACCAGAAGAAAACCCCAGUGAUUCUGUACAGGUUUUUCUCCUGCUCAGUAUUGGUGGCUCUGUAGAGAAGUGUCUCACAUUGUGGGAUGAAGGCUGCGCUGUCUCUUCCAGUUCCUUAUUUGUAUGAAAGGUGAAUUCUGGACAUGCAGAGAAGUCAGUGCAGAUCAGAAAAAUUGGGGAAGGGCUGCUCUGCACUUCUGGCUGCCCUGGGUUGCGUUAUGGUGUGAGGUGUGCAUGGAGCCAAGCUGCCCAGGAAGGUGUGUGGAUGUUUGGGAUGGGCCCACACCUGUCUGAAGGUACGUGGGAGGUUCAGGUAAGGAGGGAAGCAGCUGCAGGCAGCCGUGGUGGUGAGAUCUGCUCAUGGAACUGAACUGGAAUUGGUGUUACGGUGCCAAGUGCCGGGGCAGCUGUUUGCAUCUGCUGCAAGAAGUGCUUUCUCCAGCCUGCAUAAAAGGCAUGGUGGGGGUUUCUUGCCCUGCCUGCUGUUCCAUCGCUUCGCAUUUCUUUUGCUUGAGAUCCCUGGCUGCUCAGGGCAGUCGGCUGGAGGGUGGAGGUGUGGGGUGAGGAGGAGCAGCGUGCUGUGGGUCACGGCAGCGUGGCUUUGCUGCUCCCUGCCUGCUCCAGCACCACUCUGUGACUGCACUGCUGUCAUCUUUAUUGCAGUGCUGCCCAGAGAGUGCUGUAGGGUGCUGCAGAAAUGGGCUGAGGUGAGCGCUGCUCCGAGGAGCUCAUGGUUGGGUUUUGAAGUUGUCCUCAAUCUCUCACGUGGAGCAGAGGGAUCAGUGUGGUCGUGUGGGCUGGAGGAAUCACUGAGUGGUUUGCUUCUAGGGGAAACUUUCUGCUCUGAACUGCAAGAGGGGCUGAAAUGGGCUGUCCCUGACUGAAGGGUGACACAGGCACUGCUGCCUUGUGAUGAGCUGGGAGGCUGGGACGGGACCUGGAGCAGCUGAGUUCCACCACUCAAUCUCUGAAUACAAAAAAGGGAUCCCACCAUGCUGACCCUGGUGGAGGCAGCGGCCCAGCCGUGUCCCUUUGGGGUGGUCCUGGUGGCUGUGCUGUGCAUCCCAACACCACUGGGCGCCUCCCAGCCUUUGCUCAGCGGCUGCUGCCGGCGGUGGGUGGGGGUGCAGGAGGCACCCGCUGCAGCUCUGCUGGCUGAACGAGGACAGGGCAGCUCUGGGCCUGCUGCUGGUACCUCUGAUUUGGUCUCGCUUGCUUUCUUUUCAAGCCAGGGUUUGAUUGUAAGGGCACGUGGUGGGAGAAACCGACUGCUGGCAGCGCUGCCUUAAAACAGCAUCACAGAGUGCAUCGGAAGCCACGCAGCGUGGGGAUACGGUCACAUUGAAUGCAGUGUGAGAUCUGCUGUCCUUCCGGUGGUCCUGGAGCCAGGAGCAGGGGGGGCAGCUGGCUGCACUGCUGCCCAUGGCUGCCACAGCGAUUUAUGUGCUCUGAGUGAUUUUUGUGUUGGCUCAGUUUGCUCCGGGCUCAGUGGGAUCGGCUUUGGGGCCGACAGGAAUCCGAUUGCUGUAAGGUUUGGGGAUGGCACCUUCAGGCAGUGUGAAAGCACAGGUUGUGGCGGUGGCGUUGCUGGUGGUGGCACAGAGGUGAGCCUGGCUCUGAGACGUUUUGAAGAAUCUUGUUCUUUUUUCUUUUUUUCUUUUUUUCUUUUCUUUUUUUCUCACCGUUUGUCCCCGGGUGCAGCCUGUACUGACCAUUCCCUCACGUUGAAACUCCACGAGGUGGCACAGAGUUUAAUGUGUUCGGAUGUCUCGCCCUUCACUUUUUUGUUCCAUGCCCCAAUGCACCAUUUCACCAGCCAGCUUUUGACAGACAUCCAGUUUCAUUAGCGCUUGUAGCAGAAACCCAAAUCCCACCUCCUUUGGCUUGCAGACAACCUACGAUGGAAGUCUAGGCAGAAUAUAUCUGUGUGUGUGCUGGGCUCUGCCUGCACCCGGUCGGAAAGCAAACAAGAGAAAGAGAUGCAGAGGUGUUCAGACUUCUCGUGAUACAAAAAAAUAACAAUAAUGUUAAGAUAAAGAAGAAGUUGAAAAGACCUUUGCCUUGCAGUUGGGUCCUGGGGGUUUCCUUGGCUUUGGGACAGGUGGGGUGGAGGCUGCUGAAGGACAAGCAGUAAGUGGAUGGGGAGGACCAGAUUCAGAACUGACAAUAGUGACUCUGUAUUGUUCUCCCUUCUCCAGACAUGAACUUUAACUUUGAGACUGGAAGUUUAAAAGACAAAAGGUUUUUCAAAUCGCUGCUGAAUUCUCACUGUUCACUUUGAGACAUUUUACAGAAGACCAUUUUUCCCCACAAAGCAUAAAUCCUUCUGAAGCUCAAACUCAUUUAUGAUCCUCAUUUGAGCGCCCCAAAUUGCGUGUCUUCUUCUAAAUAGAGAUGUUGGUCUCAGGCUUUCCACUUGCAUUUAUUGCCUUUGAUGAAAAAGAGGGUGUCAGGAGGGGAAAGUGAGCGAGGGAAAUAGGAGGAAUUAAGGGGAGGAGGUGGAAAAGGGAGCAAAGAAAUUUUGCUCACGUAUCUUUCUAAAGAUGACGGAACCAUUGCCUUCACUCAGUGUGUUAACAUUUAAUUAGCUGCCGUGCUUAUUGCUGUUGCAUUUGCUAAGGACUCACUGGCAGGUGCUGUUCCUGGGGGUUCUGUGGCAGGCCUGCUUGCUGCUGUGCUGCCAGUGGGUUACGAGGGCAGGAAUCCUUACAGUGCAGCUCUGCUUGCACCCAAAGGCAGCUGUGGCAUGGGGGGGGGGGGAGUGCAAGGUGCUGAAAACUCCUCUUCAGCAUUGGGGCAUGUGAUAGGGAGCCUUAGGAUCUGAAAUAUUGCAGUAACCAUGGCUACCAGUGACUUAUCUGAGGGAGUUUGACUUUUGUUUUGAUUUUAUGUGUCUUAAUUGUAGUUUAAAAAUCAGAACCUGAAUGUGUUUUUCACUUAGGCGUGAAACUAAGGGCAUUAAAUGAUUUGCAUUAUUAAAGUAUCUAUAAUGCUGCCUUUCAAACUUAUUCUCGAGGCAAGUCCUUAAUAUUCAUACAGUACGUGCUAAAUAAAGUCACUCUGCAGCUUUAUGGUGGUUCUGUUGCUCUCGCCAUAAAGAAUUGUUGCAGGCUGGAGUGCUCAGAAGGUGCCUGGCCGGCUAUUUUGCAAUCCCAAGCCCUUUGUUUAUGUGGCACUGCGUACUUUAUGUGAACACACACAAGCUGCUGCUUUUCCUCUGUCCUCUUUUGUACCCCAGCCAUGCCCCGCGGGGUCCUGCCUUCAGAGCUCAUGUUUACUGUAGAGGCUGGCUGCUGGAAGGCUGCCCUGCUUGGAAAUCUUGCCAACCCCCUUGAGUUCCUCCCGUAUGAAACAUUACUGAGCACCACCUGCCCAGAGAGUGGGAAAACGUGGGUGGAUAUUAGCAGGGAUGCUGAGCAGGGAUACAGAGGGAUGCUGAGCAGGGAUGCUGAGCAGGGAUGCAGAGCGAUGCUAGCACCAGAACUAUCCCUCUUUCCUUGGAGGACCAUGUUAUGAAGGAAGAGUAGCAGAAGGCCAGGCACUUGUGCAGCACAAGAAUUUUUUCCCUUUGAUUCAAUGGCUGAAAUGUUUCCUGGUGUAGUUCUCUCUGUUUGUACUUCUGCAGGAGUUACAAACACGCUGAAAUAUGAACUCAUGCUUCGUAAGCCUUUAAUUCCAGCUUUGAUGUAUUUAAUCAUCAGUACAGAUUUGGUUAAAAAAAAAAAAAAAAAAGUGAAAUGAUUCAUUAGCUUGAAAUGCAUCUUGGAUUACGCUCGGUGCUGUGCAGGACGGAGGAGGCAGAGCAGGGCCAGCUGUCCUGAGAGCAGAGCAUGGGUGAGGCUGAGGUCAGUGCGGCGGGCGGAACGUCGCCAUCAGUGCUCUGGGCAGUUCCUGGGGCUGUUCUUGGAGGCACUAAAACGUCCCAGCCCAUCAGCUUUGGAGGUCUUGUGAGUGUCCAGCCCUGUGUUCUGAUGCUUCCUCACUGUAUCUGUUUUGGGUCUAAAAUCAAGCAGUCCUUGCUUGGGAAUGUGUCAGUUAGGAUGUGGGGCAGCGUGCUUGGGGUGAGGAUGAGCACAUGGCCACGCUGCUGCAAUAGGUGCAGCAACAAGAGGAAAAAUUCUGGACUUGUUUGCCUUCCCUGCCUGCUGUCUGCUGGAGCCGCUCCCUUAGCCCUCGCUUUCACCUUUUCCCCAUGCACGUGGGUUGUCCCCAAGCUGUGGUCACGGAUCUGUGCUGAGCUCUGUCCUGCAGUGACUGGAGAGGAUUGAAAGCAAUCUGGCUUCAGAACAGCAGCUUGGAGACAAAUCCUCUAUCCCAUUACUUGUUCCUGGCAGUCCCUUUUUGACAACCAGGUUGGGGAGGGCUGCCCAAAGCAAGUAGUCCAUCUUCUCAGUGUCUGUAUUGAAAUCCAGCUACUAAACCAAUCCGUAUCACCUCCAUUUGUGCCAUGGAUGCAAUUGUACUCAUAUGAAGAUGCCUCUCAUUGCUUCGGCUCUUCCCAUAUGGAAAGUGGGGUUUCUGUCCUGGUAAAGUCACUUUUGUAUUGAUGUAUUCAUGUUAAAGACCCCCUUCAUGUCACCAUUGUCAGACAGCUGUGCAGCCCAUGGGAUGUGCCAUGGAGGUGCUGCUGGUGUGGCUGACACUCUUCCUUUUUACAUCUUUCAGAGCAGGAAUGCAGCGGGAUGCAAAGCUCUGCCAUCUUCUUGAGAGCAAAGAUGGAGAAAUGAGGAAAAUUCCAGAAGCUUGAGAGCCCUGCCUGCACCUGUAAGGGCAGGGGAAAGGAGCAGAAUAAACACUUUCUCUCUAUUGUGCCUGAUGAAUGGCUUUUAUCUGCAAGGAUGUUCUGAACUGCUGAGAAGGAGAUGCGACUCCGCUGAAGUUUGUCUGCAAGGCUGCUUCUUCUAUAACAAAUUGUUAAGCAACAAAUACAGGGCAUAUUCAGACCUUGCUUUAGAGACAGCCUCACAAAGGCACUUUCAAAUGUUCAAGGCCUCCUUUUGUGCUGGUUUAACUCUGGCAUCCCACUGCUGCUUUGCUCUCCAUCUCCAGCAAGCGGAGCUGAGCUGCGUGGUGAUGUGGGGCUGUGCCUGGGGUGACAACUUCUGCUGCAGGCCCCUUCCUACCACCGUGCUGCAAGCACUGCUGCUGUUUUCUCACCUAUCUUCCUCCUCCCUCUUUUAUUUUUUUUUUUUUGGUGAAGUUUCCUACUGAUUCCUCAUGGUUUUUCAGUUUUAUCUUGCUUCCAGCUCACAUGAGUUUCUUCUAAAAUGUCUCUUUCAGAAUGAAUGAAACUGGACAUUAUCAAUGCUUCUCUUACUGUUGGGUUUUGGUUUGUUUUGCCUCUUUUACCUGGAAGAUUGUGUCAUUGCUGGCUCCUUUUGCUCCAUGUGUGUAAUAGGAAGAAAGGACCCAUAUGGGGAGCUUUCCUGGGGUAGCUGCUCACAAUUACUGCUGAAAUGUAUGCAGCACAUACAAACUCUUUUCUUCUAGCCCAGAAAUAUCUUCUCUAAGUUUAUUCUCUGGUUAUUAGCAGUGGCUGUGGAUGUUAAUUGAGCAAAAAGCAAAGGGAGGGCUGUCUGUUCAGGUGCUGUUUGGAGAGGCACCCACACGGGGAGGGCUGUGCCAUGUUGUGGGUACAGAGAAAGCAGUCGUCUCUGGGUAAAUCCUUAUGCCAGCACAGGGAAAAGGAACCAUGAAAAUUAGUCUGACUAAAGCAGUGAAGAAAACUGCCAUGGGAAGAAUCCUGCAGGAGAUGGAGCUGAAGGAAGCUGCAGUGAGCUGUGGGGCUGCCAUCCCUCAGGUGUGCUUUACUUGUGCAGUUGGGGCAGCGAGAGCUGGCUGGUGGGUGCAGUGUGCAGGACAAGGCCGUUUCCUUACUUGGGUGUGAUGUUUUCUCCUCUCUGCUCCAGCGGAUUUCUCUGAAGAGAGGAGUAAAAUGAGUUUGACACGAUGAAUAUUCAUGUAGUCGCUCCCUCCAAUCGCUUUUUUCCUCCGCCAUGGGAGGAGGGGGAGUGCAGAGAUGUUUCUUGGCUCUCGAAGUCAUGGAUAAGGGUCUUGUCAGCAAGUGCCUUUCUGCUAAUCCUUUUUAUUAGAGGAAGGAUGUUGUAGCUGGACGCCGUUCUCCGUACUAAGGCUGUUAGCACGCUCUGACUCGGAGGGAGGGAUUUCAGGGGAAGCACAGCUGAGUGGUGCCAGUCAUCCCAAUGAAUUUUGGGGCGCAGUUUUGAAGCAGACUGCAAAAAUGUGAUUGCUGCAUCCUGCGGCAUCCCAAAGCACUGCAGAGCUGCAUUGGCUCUCCCAGUGCUCUGAUGGCCGUGACAGAUGUCCCCUGGCCUGCCUGUUCUCUAAAGCUUGCAGGAAAUUGCAGUCUGAUAAGUUAGGCAAGUUGCAAGUCCUGUCCAUUGUUCCUUAUCGUUUGAGGAUUGUUUACAUCCCCCAUUUUGUUAUCCCAUCUCCCACACGCUCCUCUAACCUCACCUACUUGUUUGGUCCUCUGUGUGUGGCUCCUGUUGUUGUGGUGGUGAACUCUCUGGGUUGGCUUUUAGCAGAUGGUGUGGAUUUGUGGACACGCAAUGCUGUUUUCCAGAUUUGUUGUCAUCUAUUUGUGAUCUUUUUCAUGUCACGCUUCCGUAAAACAUCCCUUGAAAACAUAGAGCCCAAAUAGCAGGUGGCUUCUGAAAAGCUAAGAUCCAUCCUGAAUACUGACUGGUUCUUGUGUGUUUUCUUCCCAGAAGAAUUCAGAGAACAUGGGAUGUUGAUCCAGAAAACUAGUUCAGACUUGGAUGAAGUUUGAAAGUGAGCCUAAGAUUUCUCCUUCAGUUGGUGUGAGUGCAGCACGCAGCUGUGCGGGACAAACUGCCCCGUGUUGGCUCAGGAAGCCUGCAGCACAACUGUGGUUACCUCCAGAGGAGCACAGAGUAUCUCAGUGUCCUUCCCACUUGUGCAGAAUUACUGCUGCUGUUCACCUCCAAACGCAGUGUUCUCGCCGACAAGUGCAUUCGAGGCCAAGUGAAUCUAAGAGUGAUGCUCCACGCACCAAGGAACAUGUGUGAGAGGCAUUGGGAAAACCAAGGAAAUAUUUACACUGGGAGGGGACUGUUUACAGUGCAGUUCAAACAGUUGACGUUAUUUAGAGCAGCCAGUGCUGUGCAAUAUUCUGCUUUUGCUCUUCUCAGGAGGGUCAGGCAUAAGGAAAGGAUCAAACAGGGCGAGCAGGGCUGUCCUUGGACGGUACGGAAUAUCUAACAGCUGCAUUUAGGUUAGGUGGUGAGAAGAAUAAGCAACUGUGAGUCAGUCCUGUGGUUGAAGUCAAGGUCAGGGUGGACUCUGGGGUAGCAGCAGUGUGUGGACACCACUGUUCAUGGAGACGUUGGCCCUUCUUGCUGAUGUUUGACUGGUCCCCAAAGCCCACGUGUGCUGCGGCGUGACAGGUUGUCAGUAACACACGAGUACAAGUGAACGUUUUGGAUGUCUCUUUUGUGCUGGGAUAAGGGAAUGCAACCGAGGUACUGAUGUCAUGAUGGUCUGUGUGGCCGUCGAGCUGGGAAUUAGCUUUCAAACUGCUUUGUGUUACAAUAUCUCCCCCAGCAUGCUUUGUAGGUAUACCACAUAUUGUUUUAAUUUAAAACCAGCCUGUCUCUCUUGUUCUGUUUUUAGCAUGGCUGACAAGAACAGCACCCUGAAAUGCACGUUCUCUGCUCCUGGCCACAGCACCACUCUACUGCAGGGACUGGCCUCGCUCCGAGCUCAGGCUCAGCUGCUUGAUGUCAUCCUCACUAUAAAUAAUGAAGUGUUUCAGGUUCAUAAAGUUGUCUUGGCUGCCUGCAGUGACUAUUUCAGGGCGAUGUUCACAGGCGGGAUGAGAGAAGCCAGCCAAGAUGUGAUUGAACUGAAAGGUGUAUCUGCAAAAGGACUGAAGCACAUAAUAGACUUUGCGUACAGUGCUGAAGUGACUCUUGAUCUUGACUGUAUUCAGGAUGUUCUGGGAGCUGCCGUCUUCCUCCAGAUGGUGCCUGUCGUGGAGCUCUGCGAGGAAUUCCUGAAAUCUGCCAUGAGUGUGGAAACGUGUCUCAAUAUCGGGCAGAUGGCCACCACCUUUAGCCUCGCCUCCUUAAAGGAAUCCGUAGAUGCAUUCACCUUCAGGCAUUUCCUCCAGAUCUCCGAGGAGGAGGAUUUCCUCCACCUGCCUCUGGAGCGCCUCGUUUUCUUCCUGCAGAGCAAUAAGCUGCAAAGCUGCAGCGAGAUCGACCUGUUCCGUGCCGCCGUCCGCUGGCUGCAGUACGACCCCAACCGCCGUGCCAGCGCCAGCCAGGUGCUCUGCCACAUCCGCUUCCCGCUCAUGAAGUCCUCCGAGCUGGUGGACAACGUGCAGACCUUUGACAUCAUGGUGGAGGACGUCCUGUGCCGGCAGUACUUGCUGGAGGCCUUCAAUUACCAGAUCCUGCCUUUCCGCCAGCACGAGAUGCAGUCGCCCCGCACCACCAUCCGCUCCGACGUUCUGUCCCUCAUCACCUUCGGCGGCACUCCUUACACCGACAACGACCGCACCGUCAGCUGCAAGGUGUUCUGCCUGCCUGAUGCCAGCGGGCGCCAGUUCAAGGAGCUGACGGAGAUGGAGGUGGGCAGCAGCCAUUCCUGCGUGGCCGUGCUGGACAACUUCGUCUACAUCGUAGGUGGGCAACACCUGCAGUACCGGAGCGGCGAAGGAGCGGUUGAUAUUUGCUACCGUUACGAUCCUCACCUCAACCAGUGGCUGCGAAUCCAGGCCAUGCAGGAGAGCAGGAUCCAGUUCCAGCUGAACGUCCUGCACGGCAUGGUGUAUGCCACGGGUGGGAGGAACCGCUCGGGGAGCUUGGCUUCCGUAGAGAAGUACUGCCCCAAAGAUAACGAGUGGACUUACGUGUGCUCCCUGAAGCGCAGGACGUGGGGGCACGCCGGGGCCACGGUGGGAGGCAAGCUGUACAUAUCAGGUGGGUAUGGGAUUUCAGUGGAAGAUAAAAAAGCCCUGCACUGCUACGACCCGGCCGCGGAUCAGUGGGAGUUUAAAACCCCGAUGAAUGAACCCAGAGUCCUGCAUGCUAUGGUCAGUGCAAAUAAUAGGAUUUACGCUCUGGGAGGCCGCAUGGACCACGUUGACCGUUGUUUUGAUGUUUUGGCUGUGGAAUAUUAUGUGCCUGAAACAGACCAAUGGACAACAGUGAGCCCCAUGCGUGCAGGUCAGUCGGAAGCUGGCUGUUGUUUGCUAGAAAAAAAGAUUUAUAUCGUAGGGGGGUACAACUGGCAUCUGAACAAUGUCACAAGCAUUGUGCAGGUGUACAACACAGAAACUGAUGAAUGGGAAAGGGACCUGCAUUUUCCAGAAUCUUUUGCUGGGAUAGCAUGUGCUCCUGUGAUACUGCCACAGAUAACGACCCAGAGAUAACUGAGCGCCGCUGCUGGCCGUGAGAUCACCUCGUGUUGCAUGUUACUGGGAUGGUGUGUUGUUUUCCUUGUUUGCAAAUGGUAUCGUGCAUUUUCUGGGCGAGGGAAGGAGAAAAAUAGCUUGCGUUCCCUCCUCUGUGAAGUCCCUCCUUCUUUUCUCUUACGUAGUGUUCUGGCAAGCGUGCUUCAUCAGAAGCACUUGUCAGCUAGUUAGACUUAGCAGAUGUUACAGCUGGAAAAAGCUUUUCUCUUUUUUUCUUUAUCUGAAAAGUGUGUGUGUGGGGAGCUGGGGGGUGGGAAUGCAUUUUGCCAACUUUCCAUAUUUUUAACAAUAUUACACAUUGCAAACAUUGACAGCUCAGGAGUAACUAAGUACUGUGGUAUGUUUCAAAGAGUUCAGGUGUGAUUUUUACUAAUAGCUCCAAAAAUCAUUGUGUGUCGAUUUGUUGUUUUUUAGCAAAGAAAAAAACCAAAACCUGUAUAACACACUGACCUCCAGAAGCAAUAAAGGGACAGCGGGAGCUAGAAGAGCUCAGGUGCUUGGGUUGUGAAAGCAGAUUCUUGCUUUUCAGAGGUGACUUGCUUUGUUUUCCCCAUCCAAGAAGGGGAAUGCUUACCCCUGCACACCUCUGGCCUCUGUUGGUUCUUCAUUGUUUGGAUUACACUGCAAUUCCAGAUCCCCUCCUCACCCCCUGCAGACAUCAGCGUGAUAUUCUUGUCCAGAAAUUCUCCCUUAAUUGGGGCAUCCACGGUUCACAACACUAAAGCCAUGUUGAUAACUUGAUUACACAUAAACGAGCACGAUUUUUUAUAACUGCCAAAAAUUUGUUUGGCUUCACUGGCAAUAAGAGCUCGGCAGCUGUUAUCUGACCCAAUAAAGGCUGAAGCAGAGAGCACCCAGGGGCUGUGCAGGACCCUGCUGCCUGCACGCAUCACCCCCAGCCAUUCUGCACAGGGAGGUGGGUGCUGCUCAUUCACCUGCUGAAUGGUUUUCUCUCUUGACUUGUAAAUAAGAGACUGGGUUUCAUGGCAAGAUGGAAGUCCAGGCGGAAUGGCCUUUGUUGCUGGUGGGUAUUUUAAAGUAAGAGAUUCGUUUUAAGAUGGCUCUGUCAUUUUUGUAAAAUCUGUGUUUGCUGCACAGAAUACUGUUAUUUCUUGAACUGUCCUUUCCUCCAAGCCAUUUUUUUCUAAUUAAUUUUGACUGAUAAAUGAAGUUGAAGUUUCUUCCUUUAUCAGGCAUUCUGUUUCAAGGGCUUUGUUUUGUAUCUGUGGAAGUUUGGUUUUGAUGUACGCAGCCUCCUUUUCAGAGAAACUGUUGCAUUCUGCUGGUUAAAUAAAUGCCGUGCUGUAACCCUUAGAGACAAUGUAUAAUGUCUGUUUUGCGGAUGAAUCACUCAUCAGGGCUGUGUAAAGCAUGAACUCCAUACCUCAGAUUCACUUAAAGAUAUUUCUGAUGAUUAAAGCACUUUUGAGUAUGUUCUGCUGCGAGGGCACGUGUUUCUCAGUUCAUUUCUGCAUUUGAAAUUUUAGUUAAAAUGAUGCAUAGUUUGGUUUGUUUCUAUCUAUCUGCUGGUUUGCCAAUAAUAAAUUGAUGGAAAGUGCUUGUUGGUGUUCAGAAUGCUGAAGUCAAGUGGGCAAGCCCUGCUUCUGUGGUGUGCAAUGCAGCCAACUCUCCUGGUACCACCACUACCAUCUGUGGGCACUGCAGAGCAGGUGCUGGGAAGGGUUUCCACGUUCUCUCACUGGGACUUGCAGCAAUGUGCUGCAGGGUACCACCUCUCCUGGUUACCAGGAUGUUCUUUUUAUACCAAUAUAAACAAUUAUUUUUUGUAACGUGACCUGGAAGGACUCUAGCUGUUCUGAAUUUAGCACAGGCUGGCUAAAGUAUUUCUGAAAGUGGUAUAAUCUGUACUGAUAGUAGAGUUUGUUUGACUCCUGUGAAGUACAUAGCUGUGGCUCUGGGCCACUCCAUACGUACCCUGUGUGGUAUUCUGAAAAUAAACUGCUUUGAUUCUCUGUAUUGAAUGAAUUUGAUGGCUGGAUUGGGCUCUUGGUGAAGUGAUCUUGCUCUACGGCUGGGCUGGAGCAAGUGCAGCUGAGGAUGCUCUGCCUGAGGAGCAAAGAGACAGGGCUCCUCUCUUCUUCAAGAAUGAACAAAGCCAGAUAAAUGUUUGAUUGCACUCAGAGCCAUUUAGUAGUCUCAGAGCAGCAGUAAAUGCUAUCAGGGUAAACCUGAUUUGGUAUGUUCGAAAAUACCUUUGAACAGAUGGAGACCAGUGAGAGCACAGCAUCGUUAGCUCUAGGUAUCUGCAGUGUGCGUGUCCCGUCAGGGGCUGCUGUCAGGGCUGGGAUAAGAGCUUCUGUCUUCUCUGAUGUUUUAUGGGCCUGAAAUUGUGCUUAAAACUAUAAAGGAAGAAAGCACUAGAACUCUUGGCAGGGUGCAGAACAGCUAGAGAUGGGGAAUGUCUGUAUCCUAUUAAUGGUGUCACUGACCCUUUUCCAGAGGGUCUGUCGGCUCGGCAAUCGACUGUCAUUUCUCCCCACACAGAACCUCAGUAAUUCGUGCAGACAUGGCCCAGCUUUUGGGAGGAGGUCUGGGAAGUUUAGAAGCAGCAGAACAUCUCAUUUCUUUGAUUUACAGUGAAGGAGGACACUCCCACCAGCUCUUGGUAGCCUGGUGCUGAUGUAAAAUGAUGCUGUGCAACAGAACUGCUCAGGACCUCUUGUAAGCCACAUCAAACCUAUUCAGAUGUUUUCACUUCCACGUCUGUGAUAAGCUCUGUAGUUGCUGAAACUCUGCAAACUUCAGGAGCAUUUAUCAUACUAUGAUUAUUGAAGCCAGACUACUGUCAGAAUAAAUAAAACAUGUUUCCCAGUGCAACUCUAAUUAUGAUUUUGAGCCAGUUGUGUAAUGUGCAGAACUUUUAUUUACAAUAAAUCUUCCAGUUGCUUGCAUAAAUGAAUGAGAUUUCACCACUUGUGACUUAAGGACCAGGAGAAAUGAAUGUGGUUGAAUAAAUUUACUGUCUAGCCUGGGUGUGUCGGCAUGUCAGGCGUGUGAGGGAGCAGAGCUGCUAGCAGUGCCUUCCUAGGAGGGCUCACUUAUCUUACAUUUCACCUGGGAGCAUAUACGUAACCAGAUAUUUCUUUCCUAAAGUUAUUUUUCUGCAGAGACAGCUUAGAUUCUGCUCUGCAUUUUAAUACUGAGUAGGCACAGCGUCAGCCCACAGGCUGCAGAACUUUUGUUUCUCGUUCCAAGCUAAUAACUGAGCUUCAGAAACACGCAUUCAGUGCUUUCCAGAUUAAUAUUUCAACUUCAGGGAGUUUUGGAGAGGAGUUUGAAACUUUGCUCAUGGGGUGGUCGUGAUUUCAGCUGCUCUAACGCUGCUGCUCCAUCAGGUGAACACGAAAUGGACUUUCUGCUUGGAGACAGCUGCUGGUUUAGCUCUGCAACCUGAAAUCAGCCUCAGAUUGUAAGAGAAAGAAUUGAGAUUUAGUACAGAGCAAUGGUGGGGCUUCCAGAGAGCAGCAUCAGAGUAGUGUGUGCAGCUUGCAAUGGAAAGAAGAAAAGCUGUUAGAGCAAAAGUAUUCAGAAGACUUUAUAAGCUGAAGAGAGCAAAUCAAAGGUUCCUGUCUUGAUCCCUGAGGCUCUGCAGUUGCUAUUUCACACCCAGGCCCCUGUCACGUAAUUAGCUCGAACUAUUUUUUAUGGCUUCUUAAAAAAUGAAAAUCUUUUUUGCUUGUUUAUGCAGGCUACCAGCCAGUGCUUCUGGCUACACUGCUUUAUAUCUGCAGCAAUCCCUUUGAAGUCACUGGAGUUGCAGUACAUUAACACUGGAGUGCCUAGAGCAGAAUUCAUCCCUUUAGAUGGAUGUAACAUUUUUGAUCUAUGUCUUCCGGUCACAAUGCUUUGAAAAUGCACUAAAAGCCCUAUUUUACAUGUGGUAUCUGGUGGUUCUAAUCAGACUGCUAAUCUGUGUCUCCCUAUAAGGUUUGCAAUCGUUUGCUCUAGGUGCAUCCUUUUUCCUUUGGUUGGCUGGUUAUUUUCCCCUUGCUGUGGGCUCUGGUUGAACUACGUGCCCCUUAUGGGUGCAGAUUUACUGCUUGGCACUAUCAAUACCUGCAUUCAGUAUUAGUGCCUUCAGGACAGCGGUUCACAACUGGAUUUAGAAGGAAUGUAUGAAUUUUGCUGAGGUUUGGAAAAGAGAAAUUUGCCCUGUGGUGCAGUUAGCAUGUCUGGACCUUAAUUUUGCAUGCUUUGGGGAUCUCGCAUGAUGAAAGCUUUCUUAUGCCAAAUAUAUGUGCUUGCUAUUUCUUAGGAAGAAAAUCAAAGCAUAUACUAGGUAAAAAAGGUUCAAUUUAGGGUUCAGGGGAGUAGAGAUGCUCCCCAUGCACACGUAUAUGCUCACUCAUGAGCUGUGCAUUCUGGGGCACAUGUCCCAUGCUGCUUGCUGCAGCCUUUCUCUGCUUUCUAUGGUGCCGUGCUGUGCUUGAGGCUUUUUCUUGUGGUAUCUGAGUCUUUCUGAUAGACUGGUGUGUUCUUUCAGGCUGCAGCUGCUGUGGGGUAAGAGGAGGAAGGAAGGGAUUCUAUCUGCACUGCUUCUGUUGAUAGUAUUGAUCUAGCAGUGUGUCCACCCAUUGUAGCAGGGCAUGGACGACCAUAACAGCAAACCUUGAUCCCAGGCCAGAUGUUCGGCAGGUAUUCAGCCAAAGGCUUAAAGCUUGCACUGGAGAACCGCCCAUUUUCACAGUGAGAAACAAGUUGUUACAUUCCUUUUGGGGAUUUUGCAGAGCAGCAAUUAGAGUUGGAGUGAAUGACUCCCUGCUCCCAUCUGAGAGGCGAAAGGGACUUCUUAGAAAUGCUCUCCUGGGAAAGCAGUCCUCAUAGAGCAAUCUGUGUUGCUCUCGUGUAGGGCAAAGAGUAUAAAAUCAGUCACAGGAGCCAGCAAAACGGGACUGUGGGGGCUGCUUCCUCACCUGCUGAGGAAUGGACUUUGCGUGGCACUCCUGCUCUACUGAAACAAUUGAAACUCAAGAGGUGCCUGAAUUUGACUGGUGUGUUUGUCUCACUGGUCAUCGAGUUUUCGGGCAAACAUUAUCAGUGUCUGCAAACAGAUUUUCCCUCACCCUUUUUAAUAUCUUCAGCAUAAAAAAGCAUAAGAUGAGCCUUUAACUUACAGGCAAAGAUAUAUGCUAAGGCCUGGAAAUAGCAGGGGCUGGUUUUACACAGGGUUAUAAACCAGAGGAGUAGGCAGGUAGUUAACUAUGUGAAGCCUAUUAGCCACAAAUGAAACAAAUGGUUAAUAGUAUUGUAUUUUUGCUGUGGUAUAUUUCUGCUUAAAGGUAGCAACAGCAAUGGUGUAAUCUCUCAGUGGUUAAAAAGUAUUUCCCAGUUUCCUGUUUGUUUCAAUGAAGUGCAUAAAUCUUAAGGGUGCCUCACCUUUGAGUGCUGACUGUGAGUGUACCCGCAUCGAAAGCUUUGCCUCCUAUUCAAGGGUUAUCUUUGGAAGGACGAAAAGUGGCUGCUGCUUUAUCAGCUCGUAUCACCUUAGUAUCAUGGGAAUACUUCUUGCUUCAGCGUGGCAUGAAGCCAGGCCUUGAUUCUGGGAAAAAUAACUGGACCAGAAUCCUCUGUGGGGUUGCCAAGGUAUUAUAGAGCACCAGAAGAUAAGGCUUGUAGAAAUGAGAAUAUCUUUCAGCAGCCAGUGUUUGCUUUCUUUCUGUAAUUUUAGAAUUUACAGGGAAUGGUGAAGAAACUAAGCUGGAAGGAUGGUGAUGGCAUCAUCAGGGAAUACUGGUGUUCAGAGCAAGGAUCUCCCCAAACUCCUUGCAGGAGAGCAGAGCCAAGCAUCCCAUGUGAAAGCAGUUUGGUUUGCUUGGGCUGCUUAUCAGAUUUGAGGUGCUAAUUUAGGUGCUGCCCUGUGGAAGCGACGAUCUCUUACAUUAAAGAAACAGGAGAAAUGCUGGGUGAAACAAGAAAGUGUUCUCCCACUGAAAGCACAAGUUGGAGCUUAGUUCAAAAUAACAUUGAAACUACGGACUCUGUGGAGUUCACAGGAGAUUCUUUGGGGAUAAUGGGAACGUCAGUCAACGGGAACAUUAAGUAGGAAGUGCGAGAGAUCAAAAUCUUUGUGUCUGUAAGCAAAAGGAAAAAAAUAAGGUUAGCUUACUUGUCGAUCAAGGCACAGCUCACACUGCUGUGCUGUUGUGUAAGCUGCUCAACCUCACACCUUCCUCUGGAGCCUCUAAGGGAGAAUACGGAAGUAGCUGGAUCUCAUCUGCCAGAGCAAUUCCGAAGGAUCUAGAGGAUACCAAACAAGUGAUAAGUAAACAAAACCUCCUCCCUGCAACCCGCUCGCCCUCGGCUGCAUCUGCUUUAAGAAGCUGCAGCUUGCUCAGUAAGGAGUUGUUUGCAACAAAAGCAGAUGUGAACACAAC